AUGGCACUCUCCGCCCGCGCUCUCCGCUUGCCGGCGCCGUCGGCCGUGGCCCGGCGGUGCCUGGCGAGUGCGACGUCGCCCGUGUGCCUCACCUGGGGCGAGGGCACGGAGGGCCAGCUGGGCCACACGCCCUUCGCCCUGUCGGGCGUGCUCCAGCAGUACGCGGAGCUGGCGCCGCGCCAGCUCGAGGGCUUCGUGCUGCGCGACGUCGCCUGCGGGACGAACCACACGCUCGCCGUCGACGGCGACGGGGCCGUCUGGUCCUGGGGCAAGAGCGACUUCGGCAAGUGCGGCCACGGCGACGACGCCGACUGCAAGGCGCCCGCGCGCGUCGCCGCGCUCGCGGGCGUCGACGUCGUCGCCGUCGCCUGCGGCGAGAGCCACAGCCUCGCGCUCGACAGCGACGGCCGCGUCUACUCCUGGGGCUGGGGCGGCUCCUGGCUCAGCGGCGGCGGCCAGCUCGGCUCGGGCGACCGCGGCCACCGCUACGCGCCCGCGCCGGUCGCCGGCGCGCUCGAGGGCGCCUGUGUCGCGUCCCUGGGCGCCGGCGAGGGCCACAGCGUCUUCCUCACGGACGACGGCGAGGUCUGGACCUGCGGCGCGGGCGAGCACGGCCGCAACGGCAACGGCGGCUCCGGCGACGUGCUCGCGCCCGAACCCGUCGCGGCGCUCGACGACGUCGACGUCGUCCAGCUCGAGGCCGGGUCGGCCUUCACGAUCUGCCGCGACUCCACCGGCGUCGUCCGCGUCUGGGGCCGCAACGACCAGGGCCAGCUCGGGCUCGGCGGCGGUUUAGCGAUGGACGUCUACGCGCUCGAGGACCUGCCGCGGCCCAUCGACCUACCGGACGGGUCGCCCCUCACGGCGGUCCACGUCGCCGCGGGCCACAGCCACGCCGCCGUCGUCACGCCAUCCGGCGCCCUCCUCCAGUGGGGCGCGAAGAACGCGCUCGAGCCCGCGGCGCACGUCUUCGAGUGCGACGGCGCCGGCGGCGCGCCCGAGCCCGUCGCCGUCCACUGCGGCGGCGCCUACACGCUCGCGGAGACGGCCGACGGCGACCUCUACUCCUUCGGCGCCGGCUCCUCCAAGUGCCUCGGCCACGGCGACAAGCAGCGCCACCCGCACCCGAAGAAGGUCGCCGCGCUCGACGGCUUCCGCCUCGCGAAGCUCUCCUGCGGCUACCGCCACUGCGCCGUCCUCGGGACCUGGUAGGGCACCGCGCAGCAUAACGGCGGCGCGGGGGGCGCGGCGCG